GCAGAGUGGGUGGCCGGGUCAGCGGAAAUGUCCCUCCCGGGGUGAAUCGAAGGACGUCUGAGGCAGCGGAGGUCUUCUUACAGGGGCGUUUGUGUUCCUGGUGAACCCACUUACUGUGGAGCGAGAGGGAAUUUGGAAGGGCCAGGGGUUCCCUGCAACUGUCUCUGAGCUGCCAUUUUGGCGGUUUUUUUUUUUUUUUUUUUUUUAAACUUCAGGGGACUUUAGUCUCGAUCCACACUUUUGGAACCAGAUUUGAAGAAUGAUUCGUGAAGCCGGAAUGGGUGACAGCGUCAUCACAGCAUUUCAUUGACCAUGGAUCCUUAUGAUACACCAGAAUCGACUCCGAGGCACGGUGCAUCCUCAAGGCUUAAAGAUUAUUUUAUAGGUGCCACCCCUUUGCGGAAACGAUUAGAAUCAGUCAGGAAGCAGGCUUCAUUUGUCCCGACUCCACCUCGAAGGAAAAUUCCUCAGUGUUCACAAUUACAGGAAGAUAAUGAUCCUCAAAAGUUUGCAUUUCUUCUGCAUAAACAAUGGACUUUAUAUAGUUUAACUCCCCUAUAUAAAUUCUCCUAUACUAAUCUCAAAGAGUAUUCUAGACUUCUGAGUGCAUUUAUUGCUGCUGAAAAGCAAAAAGGGCUUGCUGUUGAAGUGGGAGAAGACUUCAACAUCAAAGUGACUUUCUCCACUCUCCUAGGAAUGAAAGGAACACAAAGAGACCCUGAAGCAUUUCUUGUCCAGAUUCUGUCAAAAUCUCAGUUACCGUCAGAGAACAGAGGACAAAAAGUGUUGUGGACUGGUUGGUUCUGCUGUGUAUUUGGAGACAGUCUUCUGGAGACUGUUCCAGAAGAUUUCACCUGUGUACCUUUAUUUCUUGCAAAUGGAGCAGAGACGAAUACAGCCAUAGUUGGAACCUGGUUUCAGAAAACUUUUGAUUGUCAUUUCAGUUCCUUAGCAAUCAAUGCGUUUAAUCUUUCCUGGAUGGCUGCUAUGUGGACUGCAUGCAAAAUGGACCAAUAUAUGGCUACUACUGAAUUUCUUUGGUCUGUACCGUGUAGCCCUCAAAGUCUGGACAUUUCUUAUGCCAUACAUCCAGAGGAUGCAAAAGCUUUGUGGGACAGCGUCCACAAAACACCCGGGGAAGUUACUCAGGAGGAAGUUGACUUAUUCAUGGACUGCCUUUAUUCACACUUCCAUAGGCACUUCAAAAUUCAUUUAUCAGCCACAAGAUUGGUCCGUGUUUCAACAUCUGUAGCUUCAGCACAUACUGAUGGAAAAAUAAAGAUUCUGUGUCAUAAAUACCUCAUUGGAGUCUUGGCAUAUUUGACAGAACUGGCAAUUUUUCAAAUUGAUUGAGGUCUUGUGGGAACUAUAAAUUAUGGAUUAUAUAACUUUUUCUCACUGAUUAUUUGCCUGAUUUCUAUGCUGAGAGGAACUGCAGGAGAAACAUGCAUCUAUAUCUGCAUCUGUUUUCCUCUCAGUGCCUUUGGAAUUGCCCAGAUAGAAGCCAAGAAGGAUCUAGAACAAAGAAGGUGGUAGCGAAUGAAUCACAGCCAGGUGUUCGUAUAAUAGUCAUGAUGAUCUGGGAGGCCAGUCUUUAGAAAAUGCUGAGUUGUUAUUUUCUUGGGCCAUCUUAUAUCAAAUUUUUAGGAUUCAAAUGAGAUAUCUCUAAUAUUGAGUGUUUUUGAUUUGGGUCUUUAAAAAGCUUUAAUCCCUUUUAAGCAUUUUAGACUUGGAUUCAGAGAGAAUUUCUGUCUUCUAAAGACAUUUUCCUACUAUCAUUUCACUGUAGAGAGUUGGCAAUCAAAAUCCUCUCCAAAGGAAACUAAAAAUUAAUAUACAUUUAUUAAGGCCACUAAUAUGCUUCUGUUUUUAAUGCUGUUCAAUUCUUAUUGCAAUGUUGAAUUAAAUAUUCACUUUUAAAAUGAAGCAGUGUGUUUAUCAGUAUCUUGGUGGCAGAUCUUUAAUUAAUGUCUCAGGAAUGAGAAGUCAUAGGCUUUUUCUGUAGCACAAAGGUUACAAACCAGCAAUUAUAUAGAACCAUACUUAUAGAAUUGAAAGGGACCUGUGAGCCUCUUUUGAGAGCAGCAGUUAUCUUGUUUAACUUUCAUGUCCCUAAUUUUGCUUUAGCACAGUGCUUGGUAAAUGUCUGCAGGUUAAGUAAAUGUAUUUUAACCAACUCUUCCAUUUUAUAGAUGAAAACUAUGAGAUUGAACAACUUAGGAGACUUGCCCAAGAUGAUAUGUUUAAAUCUCUUGUUUUAAUUUAUGGAGUAUGGGAACAUUUUGUUUUACUUUAGAAACUCUUUUUUAAAAGUUGUCUGAAAGGAAAUUAAUAGGCUGUCUUUCUAAAAGGUUAACUUUUGGAAUGGAAUAUUAUUUCACAUAUACUAGGAACAGCAGAGAUAGUGGAAAAAGCAUGGGCUUUGGAGUGAGACAGUCAUUCAUUUAACUAAUAUUAAGUUCCUGCUGUGUACUUAGAAUUGUAUUGGGUAACAGGGAUAUAACAGUGAAGACAAAAAAGAUCCCUGUCAUUUGGAAAUUACAUUCUAGUGGAGGAAGGCAAAAAAUAAAUAAUUUCUGUGGAGAUAAAUACUUAAGGCAGUACAAUAUGGAAAGGGGGUCUCUC